UGAUGUUAUGAUAGCCAAAAUAUAAGUUUUAUGUAUUUAAUUUCAUGCCAAAUAAAAUCAUGGUGAACAUGUGUAGAACUUGCCUCGAAACUCCAGCUGAUAAGCUUAUUUCGGAGCUAGAAAAGGGCUUAAGAGGCAGCAAUAAAAACUGCUUCGAGAUAAUGGCGUUUUGCUUAGAUAUCGAGGUCACCCAAGACUCUAAAUUAACAACAAACUUAUGCAGCAAGUGUUACAGAAAAAUCAUAACGUUUUAUAAGUUCAAAGCCCUGUCUUUGAAAAAUGAUUCAUAUCUGAAGUCUCUGAAUCCAGUUGUACAGUUAAAUGAUCAGAAACUAUCUGUAUAUGUAGAUGAAGACGGUAUUAAACACGAGAAUUUCUUAGAUUCUGAAGAAUUUGGUCCGAGUUUAGUAGACGACUGUAAUGAGGGACUUAAAAUAGAAAUAGAUGUUAAGAAAGAUAACUCACUAGAAGAUUUAGAAGUAAAUGUUAAAAAUGAAGACAUUUUAGAAGGUGAUGAGCCAGAUAAUGAUAAUCAGUUGAAUGAUGAGAUUGAUGAGCCUUUAUGUGUUGUUCAAAAAGAGAAAUCUGCUAGUAUUACGAAUACGAAAGGAAAAGUAAGAAAAAAACGUAGCCGUCCAAGAAGAGUAAAAUCACAAAAAAAGGAAAAUCCCAAUCAAAAGCUGCAAGUAUGUGAGGAGUGCGGCAAAUCUGUGCGCAACAUCAAAGACCACUCACUCCAGCAUCUGCCGCAGGAAGAGCGCCCGAGGGUGCAGUGCAAGGCGUGUCCCAAGACCUUCGCCACAUUUAGCGGCCGAUACAACCAUUACAAGUAUGCACAUUUAGGGCUAAAGCCCAAAUGUGAUAUUUGUAAUAAAGUUGUGAGAUGUCUGAACGUGCACAAGAUGCAAGUGCACAACCCAAACUCACUGCCGUACAGCUGCGUGUCGUGUGAGCGCCGCUUUGUGACGCAGUCCGCGCUCGACGUACACAUGGUCGCGCACACUAAGGACCCCAAAUUUGAGUGUGAUAUAUGCCAGAAGAAGUUCCGCUUGAAGCACCAUGUUUUAAAACAUGUACGGAAGAUCCAUGAAAAUGAAAAGAAUUAUCAGUGUGAUGUGUGUGCAAAGCCUUUUUUCGAGAAAGUAUUACUUCAGAGACAUGUAAAGACGCAUUCUAAGAACCAGCUGUAUAAAUGCAAUGAGUGUGGCCUAGCCCUGAAGACGAAGGAUACGCUGAGGAGUCACCUCUUGAUCCAUCGCAGCAACAAGGACUAUCCGUGUGAACUGUGCAGCAAGCGCUUCCAAAAACUAGACUACUUGAGGGUCCACAUGGUGACCCACACGAAGGAGAAGCGCUUCGAGUGCCGCCACUGCGGUGUGCGCUUCGGCCGCUCGCACCACCGCAGCCGACACGAGUUCACCGCGCAUCAGAAACAGCUAAAAGCCGAAUAAACCAUUAUUAAACUUUAA